AUGGUCGAUCCCAAGAAGCCCAGGCAGAUAUCAGUCCAAUUGACACAAUCUCAAGCUGAUGAAUCUGUGGAAAUUGGACGAAGAACUGAAAUUGACCUCACCCUACGCAAUGCCUUUCGCCAUUAUCGGCCUGCCGUGAUGUGGUCGGCCCUAAUUUCCAUGGCCACCGUCAUGGAGUCCUACGAUAUGCAGCUUAUCAGCUCUUUCUAUGCGUUUCCUCAAUUUCAAAAGAAAUACGGCGUGCUAUUAGACAACGGCCAGUACAGCAUCCCGGCUAAUUGGCAGCUUGCUUUGAAUCUGGUGGGCCUCCUUGGCUUAAUGAUAGGCACCUUCGCCAGCGGCUCUGUAUUGGAGCGUUUUGGUGCUCGCAGGGUCAUCAUGGUAUCUUUGAUUGCGUUAACUGGCUUUGUGGCAAUUACUUUUCUUGCUCCUUCGAUCGAGGUGCUUCUUGUGGGUGAGCUCUUAUGCUCGAUUCCUUGGGGUUUCUUUGCAGCCGCUACCCCAUCCUAUGCCGCCGAGAUCUGCCCUCUCGCGCUCAGGGGAUAUCUCACCACAUUCGUGAACCUAUGCUGGGUCAUGGGAAGACUGCUCGCCACGGGCGUUUUAACUGGUACACUAAGCAUACAUUCUCAGUGGUCCUAUCGGUUGCCAUUUGGCCUACAGUGGGUAUUCCCCAUUCCAUUGGUGAUCAUAACCUGGCUCGCCCCUGAAUCCCCUUGGUGGCUGGUUCGCAAAGGCCACCUGGAUGAAGCAGAAAGAUGUUUAAAACGCACCAUAUCAGCUCCAGCGGGUCUCAUCGACACCAGAUCAAUCAUUACCAUGAUGCAACAUACCAUUGAGAUCGAACAUGAUAUGAAGAUCGGGACCUCCUAUCGAGAAUGUUUCCAGGGCACCAAUCGCCGCCGCUCCGAGAUUGCAAUGAUAAGCUGGGGCUGUCAACUCCUUCCAGGCUGGGCGAUUCAGAACUACAUUACCUACUUCUUUUCCCUUGCUGGCCUCAACUCUGGAGACUCAUUCAAGAUUACACUUGGCACACUUUCACUCGCAUUCACUGGGACCUGCCUGUCAUGGUUGUUCCAAACCUAUUUCGGUCGGCGCACCAUCUACAUGAGCGGUCUCAUUGCCAUGGUGCCUCUCAUGUUUUCUAUCGGCUUCCUUGGCCUAGCUCACCCAUCCUCUGGCAUCCUGUGGGCACAGUGUGCUUUACUGAUGGUGUGGUUUUUUUGCUAUGGAUGUACCAUCGGCCCCAUUCCUUACGCGAUUGCCGCUGAGGUCGGCGCAAGUAACCUCCGAAUGAAGACUAUCGCCCUCGGUCGUGGAACUUACUACAUCCUGUCAGUUGUCAACUCGAUCGUGGCGCCGUAUAUGCUCAAUCCAACGAAUGGUAAUUUGAAGGGCAAAGCAGCAUUUCCGGCUGCCGGAUUGACUAUGCUUCUUCUGAUUUGGACAUUCUUCAGACUUCCCGAGACAAAGGACAUGACGACGGAGACGCUGGAUUAUCUGUUUCACCAAAAAGUGCCAGCUCGGAAGUUCAAGGAGGAGGCAAAGCAAUAUCAGUAG